UCCUCUUUCAAACACUUAGCCUCCACAUAAAAACCCCCCAAAACACUCCUCUCUUCCUCUUCCUCCUCCUCCUCCUCCUCCUCCUCCAAAGGGUGGCUCUUCUCUGUCUCUUCUUUCCAAUGGAGAAGACGCACGAGAGAGAGACUCACGACUUCAUGAACGUGGAGUCCUUCUCUCAACUUCCCUUCAUCCGCCCCGCCCCGGUCAAUAAGGAGAAGGGCAUCAAGUUGUUCGGCAUCGAGUUCGGGGCCGAGGGCAGCGCCGGCCAGGGCCACAGCGGCAACAACGAGAUGGACUGUGGGGGUGACGCCGAGCCCGGCGUGGCGGAGGAGGCAAGCAAGGACGGCGACAGCAACGGGGAGAGCGGGCGGCGGUUCGAGUGCCACUAUUGCUGCCGGAACUUCCCCACCUCGCAAGCCCUCGGCGGCCACCAGAACGCGCACAAGCGAGAGCGCCAACACGCCAAGCGCGCCCACCUCCAGUCUGCCAUGGCCCACGGUGGCCUCUCCGACACCCAAGUCUACGGCUUCAUGAACUAUCGGCUCGGCUCGGCCGCCGCCAUGACUUACCCUACAUGGAGCAACAAUGGUAGCAACGCCACCAUUUCGAGUAACAGCACUAGGUUUUAUGGAGGCCACGGCUCUGUCUCUCAUCAACAGCCCAUAAACGGGAGUCCUCUAGCCUUGUGGCGGAUCCCCGCCGGUAGCUCCGGCUUCAGCCGGGACCACCACUCAGCGCACCCGUUGCCGUUAUUUGCCGGGGAUGAGGCGAUGAAGCGAUCUCCAGGCGGAGGCAAUAGCGCGAAUCCUCAAAGCAGGUACGCUUGUGAUGGGAAGGCAAGCAUGCAGGACCAUGUGAGCUUGGAUCUUCAUCUGUAGCGGGUCUGGUUGAAUUCCAUAUAAUUGACGAGGAUUUUCA